GCCAGCGGCCCUUCCCCGGCCCCAUCCCCGGCCGGGCCAUGCUCUAACGGGGCCGGUAGCGGGGCCGGGCGGAGCGGGGCAGCGGCCACCCCCCGCGGCCCCUGCCCGGAGCGCGGCCGGGACGGGAGCAUGCGGAUCCUCUUCCUCUGCCUUCUGACUCUCGCCGAUACCCGCGGGCAAGUGGCGCAGACGCGGUUCGUGGAGGAGCCGGAGGACCAGACGGUGGUGGCCGGCCAGCGGAUCGUCCUCUCCUGCGUGGUGCUCAAUUACUCCGGCAUCGUGCAAUGGACCAAAGACGGCCUCGCCCUGGGCAUGGGGCAGGGGCUCAAAGCCUGGCCGCGCUACCGCAUCGUGGGCACGGCCGACUCGGGCCAGUACAACCUGGAGAUCACCGACGCCGAGCUCUCCGAUGACGCCGUCUACGAGUGCCAGGCCACUGAGGCCGCGCUACGGUCCCGCCGGGCCAAGCUCACCGUGCUGAUCCCCCCCGAGGACCCCACCAUCGACGGAGCCCCCGAGAUCCUGCUGCGUGCGGGGACGCCAUACAACCUGACCUGCCGGGCACGCAGCGCCAAGCCGGCGGCCACCAUCGUCUGGUACCGGGAUGGGCUCCAGCAGGAUGGAGCCAUCACCAGCACGGAGGUGUUGGCCGACGGCAAGCGGGAGACAACCACCAGCCAACUCGCCAUCAACCCAACCGACCUGGACAUUGGGCGGGUGUUCUCCUGCCGCAGCACCAACGACGCCAUCCCGGCGGGCAAGGAGACCUUCGUCAAACUCAACGUUCACCAUCCCCCGACCGUCACCCUGUCCAUCCAGCCCCAGACGGUGCAGGAGGGCGAGAGGGUCGUGUUCACCUGCAUGGCGACCGCCAACCCCGAGAUCAAAGGCUACAGGUGGGCCAAGGGGGGGGUGAUCAUCGAGGAUGCCAAGGAGAACAAGUACGACACGCAGGUGGAUUACACCUUCUUCACGGAGCCCGUCUCCUGCGAGGUGCACAACGACAUCGGCAGCACCAACGUCAGCACGCUGGUGGACGUGCACUUUGCCCCUCGCAUCGUGGUGGACCCCAAACCCACCGUCACGGACAUCGGCUCCGACGUGACGCUGACGUGCGUGUGGUCCGGCAACCCGCCGCUGACCCUCACCUGGACCAAAAAGGAGUCCAACAUGGUCCUAAGCAACAGCAACCAGCUGUACCUGAAGUCCGUCACGCAAGCGGACGCGGGGCAGUACGUCUGCAAAGCCAUCGUCCCCCGCAUCGGCGUGGGCGAGCGCGAGGUCACCCUCUUCGUCAACGGCCCCCCCAUCAUCUCGAGCGAGGCCGUGCAGUACGCGGUGCGUGGGGACCGCGGCAAGGUGGAGUGUUUCAUCGGCAGCACGCCGCCCCCAGACCGCAUCGCGUGGGCCUGGAAGGAGAACAUUUUGGAGGCAGGGACGCUGGAGCGGUACACGGUGGAGCGGACUAACACGGGCAGCGGGGUCCUCUCCACCCUCACCAUCAACAACGUCAUGGACGCCGACUUCCAGACCCGCUACAACUGCACGGCCUGGAACAGCUUCGGGCCGGGGACCGCCAUCAUCCAGCUGGAGGAGAAAGCUAACGUCUCCCCGUCUCCUGUAGAGGUCUUGCCCGUGGGCAUCAUCGCCGGUGCCACCAUCGGGGCCAGCAUCCUCGUCAUCAGCUUCCUCGUGGCGCUCGCCUGCUUCCUCUACCGGCGCCGGAAAGGAAGUCGCAAGGACGUCACCCUGCGCAAGCUGGACAUCAAGGUGGAGACGGUCAACAGGGAGCCCCUGACGCUGCACGCGGACCGCGAGGAGGACACGGCCAGCGUCUCCACGGCCACCCGCGUCAUGAAGGCCAUCUACUCGUCGUUCAAGGACGACGUGGACUUGAAGCAGGACCUUCGCUGUGACACCAUCGACCCCCGCGAGGAGUACGAGCUCAAGGACCCCACCAACGGCUACUACAAUGUCCGCGCCCACGAGGACCGUCCAUCCUCCCGCACCGUCCUCUACGCCGACUACCGCAACCCCGGCCCGGCGCGGUACGACACCCGCCCGCCCUCCCGCCUCUCCCACUCCAGCGGUUACGCUCAGCUCAACACCUACAGCCGCGGCCCCGCGUCCGACUACAAUCCCGAAACGGCGCCGGGUCCCGGCCCCCCUCCCGGCACGGCGGGGGGCGAGACGGCGAGUCAACUCUCCUACGAGAACUACGGGGGUCACGCCGCCUUCCCGGCGGGCGCCGGUUAUGCCACCUAUCGCCUGGGGUACGGUCAGCCCCCCAGCUUGGAGAGGGCACCCUACGACGCCUACGACCCCAUGGGCAAGUACGCCAGUGCCACCCGCUUCUCCUACACCUCCCAGCACUCGGACUACGGGCAGCGCUUCCAGCAGCGGAUGCAGACGCACGUCUAAGGGAGGGGGGGGGGAGCAAGGCAGCGCCGAAACUGGGGGUGGGGGGGCGGCACAGGCAGCGGGGGUCCCCAGGUACCUCACGACUGUCCCCUGAUAUUCAGGGGCUCAUCCUGACCCUCCUGCCCCGCUUCUCCUCCAGCGGCUGGACUCCGUGUGCCGUGCCACCCCCGCCGCCUCCCGGGGGUUUGACGGCAGCGGGGACGUGCCCCGAGUCUCUUCGAGCUUCCACUCUUCAGUUCAUUCUUUUCGGUACCUUCCCGCAGCAGGGAGAGGGCUGGGGGGGCAUCUUCCCCCCUCACCCCAUCCCCCACCCCGUGUCCCCCCCUCCUCCCCCAAUCCCACCCAGCCCCAGUGGGUGCGUGUGGGUCCGCGCGGCUGUCGGGGCCGGCUCUGCAGCCUCCGGAUCCCCCCCACAAGCGCCGGGGGGCCGGAUCCUUCCCUGAUGGGUCCCCAGCACCCCUGAGCAGCACCCAGGAGCAAGGGGCCGUACAUGAGCUGCCGCCAGAACCCCCCCCAUGCCGUCCAGCCCCCCCACGCAGGGGCGCAGGGGGGUGCCAUACGUGUGUAUAUACGUAUAUGCAAUGCCCGGGUUCUGGUUUUGCCCAAAAACGCCCCUUCCCAGCCCAUUCCCGUGCCCUGUGCCUUGAUUUUGGGGACAGCUCCCCCCCCUCCCCAUCCGUCCCGCUUCCCAACAGCCCCCACGCCAACCCUCGGAGCAGGGGGUGCCCCAGGGGAUGGGGACUGGCGAGUUCACAGCAGCAAUCCCCCCCCCAGCAGCCCCGUGUCCCCCCCCAUACGCACACUGGUACCUACGGGACGGGCUCCCACCCUGCCCUUGUCAGCGGGACCCCAAGCAACACCCGGUGGAACCGUCUCCAUCCCACCGCCGGCGUUGGCGAUGGGGGGGCUACCUCUUAUGAAUGUACAGAAAGGUGUAAAUAAGGGGGUGUCGGCACCCCCCCAGCCACCAGCGAGCGUUACCGCCCCCUCCCCAGCACGCUCCCACCCCGGCACCCCAAGGUUUGGCGAAUGUUUUGAGCCGCGGCAAACCAAACCAGCUGGGAAGCGGGAGCUUGGCCAGUUCCCCCAGUUGCAGGGACUGGGAGGCACUGGGCAGCCGGGGCAAUGGGGACCCCCCCGUUUCGCUGCCUGCAGCGAUGACGCUCUCCCAGCCACAGAGCUGGGGGGGACGGGGGUCUUGUGGGGGUGAGUUUGGGAGGGAAGGUUUUGGCUUCCCAGUCACAUUACUGCCCGAAGCUGUCCCCAAAGUCCCCCAGGAUUAGGUACGAAACACGCCCCCCCUCCGGUGCCACGCGCGGCCACCCCAUGGGGUGUCCCCCGGGGAGGGGGGUGACAGGCUUUGUCCCCAUCCCACCGAGCACCUCGCUCCCAGCCGCCGAUGGAGCCAGCCCCCGUGGGGCUGGAGCUGGCCCCGUGGCGAGCAGGUACGAUACGGGGGGGUGCUGACAGAGCCAUGGAGCCAACGCAGCCCCAGCGGCACGGCCGGGGGGGUCCCCUGCCCCUCGCUUUUCCCCCACUCAACCCACCCCCCCCCCAUAAGGUACUGUCAGGACGGGCCAAACCCUGGAAGGUGCUGAGCCCGCGCCCAGCCUGAGCCUCCGACUGCAGGACUGCGUGCCAUUUCUUGCAAUGGUGCCUGAUUUAACCCCCACCCCCUUCCUCCUCACACCCGAAUCCCCCCCACCCCCCAGGGACAGCCCUGUUUUGGGGGUGGGGGGCUCCCGCCCCAGGUGCUGCACCCCCACAUCGAUAGCAAUAGCCACCGCGGGCCGUGUCCCUCCCCAGCCACCCCCGGGGGCCCUGAAUCAAAGCCGAAGCUUUAAAUUAACCCCCCCCAGGGGAUGGGGGGGGGAACGGGGCCCCCCCAGGCCACGGGCGAGCCCCCCGGCAGUGGGCAAGUGGGUCCCCUCCUUAGCACAGGCUGUUUUAGACCCCCCUAGAGACACGUAUCUGUGAUCCCCCACCCUGCCCCAAACCUCCCAUUUUUUUAUUUUCCAUUUUCCUUUUUUUUUUUAAAUAUUAUGUACUAUAUUUUUAGUCUUA